CCUGCCUUAGUGGUUGCCGUCUCAAUGGGAUUCACCAAAGCAAAAGGCUAUGGGACACCCCAAUACUGCUGGCUAUCUCUAGAAGGUGGUCUCCUGUAUGCCUUUGUUGGACCGGCAGCAGCAGUGGUUCUGGUCAACAUGGUGAUUGGCAUCCUGGUGUUCAACAAGCUGGUCUCCAGAGACGGGAUUCUGGAGAAGAAGCCGAAGCAUCGAGCUGGACCGAUGAACGAGCCCCACACAGGGUUAACUCUGAAAUGUGCCAAAUGUGGCGUGGUGUCCACCACUGCUCUCUCUGCAACUACAGCCAGUAAUGCCAUGGCCUCUCUGUGGAGUUCCUGUGUGGUUCUGCCUCUGCUGGCUCUGACCUGGAUGUCUGCAGUGCUAGCCAUGACAGACAAGCGCUCCAUCCUAUUUCAGAUCCUCUUCUCUGUCUUCGACUCGUUGCAGGGCUUUGUCAUCGUCAUGGUGCACUGUAUCCUGAGGAAAGAGGUCCAAGAUGCUUUCAGAUGUCGUCUCAGGAACUGUCAGGACCCCAGAAACUGUCAGGACCCCCUCAACGCUGACAACACUGGAACUUUCCCCAACGGUCAUGCUCAGAUUAUGUAUGUUUCCAGCAACUGUGGUGGAUGCCUAACCAGGCCAGUGCAGUACGGCUCGGCAGGGAUCGCCUUGGCUCAGCUCAGUGUGAAAAGGACGGACUUUGAGAAAGACGUUGACAUCGCCUGUCGUUCAGCUCUCCACAAAGACAUGGGCUCUUGCCGCGCGGCGACCAUCACCGGCACCCUAUCCCGCAUCUCUCUGAAUGACGAGGAGGAUGAGAAGGGUCCCGAGGGGCUCAACUACUCCACCUUACCCGGCAACAUCAUCUCCAAGGUGAUGAUCCAGCAGCCCGGCAUGCACAUGGGCCCCAUGGGCGACAUGGGUGAGGGCUGCCUGGGCGACAGCGUGUCCGACAUGCGCCGCACCGUCUACCUGUGCACCGAUGAUGCUCUCCGUCAGUCCGACCAGGAUAUGGGCGGGCACGGGCACGGCGGGAUGGGCAGUGGCCACGACAUGGGCAGCAUGGGCGGUAUGGGUGGUAUGGGCGGACAUUCACCCCAAGGCCAGAUGAUGGAGACAGACUACAUCGUGAUGCCACGGGCUUCUGCGGCGGCAGCAGGAUCUGGGAACUGUAACACACUUCCCACUCUCCUGAAGGACGAUAGCUCCACCAAGAUGAACAUGGGCCUGGGCAUGGGAGAUACGCUGCCCCACGAUAGGAUGAUGCAACACUACAAGAUGGCACCGGACUUCAACAUGAGCCCGACGGGGAUGGGCGGGAUCGGGGUCAUGGAGCACAUGAACAUGGGGGUGAACAUGGAUCAGAACCUGCACCAGCAGUACGGGUCAGGAGGAGGACAGGAACACAUGCAGCAGAACCUGCCCUUUGAACCCCGAACCGCUGUCAAGAACUUCCUGGCUGAGAUGGAAGAGACUGGAGGGCUGUCGAGGAGCGAGACGGGAUCCACCAUAUCCAUGAGCUCCUUAGAGAGAAGAAAAUCGCGCUACCAAGAUAUGGACUUUGAAAAAGUCAUGCACACCAGGAAAAGACACAUGGAGCUGUUCCAAGAACUGAAUCAGAAAUUUCAAACCCUGGAUCGAUUUCAAGACAUACCAAAUAUGGGCAGCAUGGACAAGGCCAUGGCCAACAAGAACCCCUGGGAGAGCUACAACCCAGCCUGUGAGUACCAGAACUACACCAGUAUGAAUGCACUAGACCCUGACCCCAAGGACUCUCUGGAGAUGACCGCAGCAGAGUGGGAGAAGUGUGUCAAUCUCCCCUUAGACGUCCAGGAAGGAGACUUCCAGACAGAGGUCUGAUCUGAUCUAAACAAACCAGGAAAUGAGUCCAAAAUGGCACCCUAUUCCCAAUGAAGUGCACUACUUAUGACCAGGUCCUAUAGGCCUCUUUUUCACCAGUACCCAUAGGGCUCUUUUGAACAGGACUCAUAGGGCUCUGGUCAAAAGUAGUGCACUAUAUAGGGAAUAGGGUGACAUUUUGGAUGCACUCCAGGAAGGAGACUUCCAGGAAGUAAAACCCAGGAAGAGGAUAACCAGGAGAAAAUGAUAUCCAGGACAUGGAGGAAAGGGGAAAGGAUGUAUUUUGCACUGAAAAAAUGGACAGACUGUCCUAACAGCCUUGGCCUAGUACAUAUCUGGAUUCUAAAGGAGUAUGACAAGGACAUGAUGUGCCAAUACCAUUUAAGAGGAAAACGCAGAGGACAGGAGGAAAAAAUACAACAAAAAAUACAACAAAAAUCAUCAGUGUUACUUUUUGUAUUCUCACUAGUGUACUUAGUGCAGCGGGCCAGCCAGGUGGGUGUACAAUAUUUACCAUCAUGUGUUUCAGAGUACCCAUGGUAAGAAGAAUUGGUUUCAAAAAGGUGAAAAUCUUUCUAGAUGAAUAAACCUCAAAAGCUAAAUGAAGACAUAAUACCAUGUCGAUCCCAGCUUCGUUGGAUCCAGUUUUAUAUUUCACAAAACUGGACCCUGGAAGCACAAUGUAUAUAUUUAUGCAGGUUUUUAAAAAGUUUAUAACAAGUCUGUUUGGCCAUUACUAUACUUUUUACUUUAUAAUAUAAAAAAUAUAUAUGAGCGAGAGUGGCAGGCAAAGAGGAUUUUUCUGUCAUAUAAAAAUGAAUGUUUGUCAAAGCUACAUUCUUCAUUGCUUUAAAUGCAAUAAAGGUAAUACUCACUUUUAUACGAAUAAUAUAUUUCACAAACUUUAAUACUGCAGAAUCUUGCUUGAAGACUCUCGGCUAAAACUCUCUCAUCUGCAGACCUGUAUAAAAUAUUUAAAAAUGAAAAAUGUUGUAUGGUGUAAAUAAACUUUUGUCUACAUAUGUUUUACUUGUGCCAAUUUAUUUUAAUGAGAAAAAAAUGCCAACUUGAUCAAGCGUUAUAGCGUUAUAACAUGUUAACAUUUGAACAAGGAAUGUAAAUAAAAGAGGAAAU